GAAUGGCCGCGAGUGGGGCUCGGCCCGGGAGCCGAGGGACGCUCUAGGCUGCCGGGCGCAGUUGGUCAGCGCCGGGGCUGGGCUGAGGCGCCGCGGUACCAUGAGGCGCCGUACAGGGGGUGUAUGCUGAACUGAGCAGAUCCAUAAAGCUUCUGCAGAGAACCGACAAUUGAAGGACGGAUGUAGCCCUUUGAAUAAGCAUGAAUGAGGAAUUUUAGUGAGGAAACUGUGUUCAAAGACUUGGAAUUGAGAAUGAAAAUGAUUUUUCUAGGGAACGGUAUUUAAGAGAUUAUGGCAUCUGAAACCCACAAUGUUAAAAAACAGAACUUUUGUAAUAAUAUUGAGGAUCAUUACAUUGAUCUUCCUAGAAAAAGGAUCUCUAAAUUCACUAAUAAGAACAUGAAGGAGGUUAAGAAAUCUCCAAAACAGUUGGCUGCUUACAUAAAUAGAACAGUUGGACAAGCUGUGAAAAGCCCGGAUAAACUACGUAAGGUGAUUUAUCGUAGAAAGAAAGUUCCUCAUCCUUCUCCAAAUCCUUGUUACAGAAAAAAACAGUCCCCUAAAAGUGGGGGCUGUGACAUGGCAAAUAAAGAAAAUGAACUGGCUUGUGCAGGCCAUCUGCCUGAAAAAUUACGCCAUGAUAGUCGAACCUAUUUGGUUAACUCCAGUGAUUCUAGUUCUUCACAGACAGAAAGCCCAUCAUCAAAAUAUGGUGGGUUUUUUUCUGAGGUUUCUCAGGACCAUGAAACAAUGGCACAGGUUUUGUUCAGUAGGAAUUUGAGAUUGAAUGUAGCUUUAACUUUCUGGAGAAAGAGAAGUAUAAGUGAACUUGUAGCUUAUUUGGUGAGGAUAGAAGACCUUGGAGUUGUGGUGGAUUGCCUUCCUGUUCUUACCAAUAGUUUACAGGAAGAAAAACAAUACAUCUCACUUGGCUGCUGUGUAGACUUGUUGCCUCUAGUAAAGUCACUACUUAAAAGCAAAUUUGAAGAAUACAUAAUAGUUGGUUUAAACUGGCUUCAAGCAGUCAUAAAAAGGUGGUGGUCAGAACUAUCGUCCAAAACAGAAAUUAUAAAUGAUGGAAAUAUUCAGAUUUUAAAACAACAAUUAAGUGGAUUGUGGGAACAGGAAAACCAUCUUACUUUGGUUCCAGGAUAUACUGGUAAUAUAGCUAAGGAUGUAGAUGCUUAUUUAUUACAGUUGCAUUGAGACACUUCAUCUACUAAAGAGCAUUUGAUUAUUCAAAACAUCCCUGGACUAUAUGAUUUCCCCAAAAAUCUUAUCUGAGAACUGUGAACUGUGGAAGAAAUCAAAAUCAUUUUUUUUUAAAGCCACAUAAUGAAACCACUAACAGAACCCUAGCAAUCUACUUCACAUUGAAGUGGAAAAAUAUCCAAAAGGAGCAGCUUCAACUUCAGUGAGGUGAAAGUGCACUACAAAGAUUGUUCGCCUUUGCUGCAUUUGGGGUUUAUAUGGUUAUUUGGUAACAUUGUUUGAAAACUACUGGGUCUUAAUGCAAUCCUGCAUAAGAAUAUAAUUUAUACUAUGUGAAAAAAUAAGACAGGACUUAUUACUAGAAUCUACAAAGACCAAUCAUCAUUACUUUUUUUAAGACUGUAUUUUAUAAGAAAACACUUAAAUGUGUGCAGCUAUUUUCUUAUUUUGAAAAGACUUUGAAAGUUUAAAACAUCGUGGCAAAUAAUCAAUACUAAAAGUUUUUUGUCCACACUGAGAUACUGUGUAUACAAAAUGCCUUAAUUAUUAAUAAGCCAAUGUGUAUGAUACCAAUAUCUGUUUAAAAAAAAUUAAAACCAACCAUGCUUCUGGCAUGAUAAAAUCAUGGAAUUAAAUCAGGGGUUUCCAUUCAUGUAGAAUGUUGUUGUUAAAACUUAUUCCACACCAUUUUUAAAACUUGGGAUUAUUUUUAGUAUCUCUGAUUUUUUUUUGCCAGAAUCAUCAUGUCAUGUGUGUAUGUGUUAUUCCUAUAUAAAAGAAAAAGGUGAAUAUGUAUUUGUAUGAAUGCUUAACUGGAAAUGUUCAUGGAGUUGGCUAAUUUAUAUUCACUUUUUAUUGUGUACAGAUUUCUAAUAUUUUCAGUUCUGUAUCAUUUAAGCUUCCUUCAUUUGAGUAAAUUCACUAAAUAUUUCUA